UUAGCAUAUAGUAUCAGUAAGAGCAGAGCGCUAGUAGCGGCAGGUUAGGAUAUUCAGUUUCCAAUAAUUUAUUUACACGUUUGGGUAAUGUAAAUUACAUAACAAAGUUUAAGAACGUAUUUUAAUUUCGUUAUAAAAGUACAAAAUGAGACAAGCAAUUUUGAGAUUAUACAAAGACUUAUUACGCUACAGUUACAAUGUAAAAUACACAGACCCAUUAUAUUUUCGGUACAGAAUUCGUAAAGGUUUUAAAGAAAAUAAAGAUAUUACUGAUCAAAAACAAAUUGAAUUUCUAUUACAGAAAGGACAAAAGCUACUUCAAGAACAACGAGUGGUAUAAGUACUUUUCUGUACUUGAAUUAUUUUUUUCAACAAAAAUCAUUUGUCAUUCUGUUGUCAAAAUACUAGUUUCAUCAGUGCUUUAAGUACUAAUAGUCAAAUUCGAUACAAAUCUUAUAAACGCUUUUUAGACUAUUCCAAGGUACCUAAGCUUGAAGAACAUG